AUGCCACACCCUUCCAUCCCAUGCCACACCCUUCCAUCCCAUGCCACACCCUUCCAUCCCAUGCCACACCCUUCCAUCCCAUGCCACACCCUUCCAUCCCAUGCCACACCCUUCCAUCCCAUGCCACACCCUUCCAUCCCAUGCCACACCCUUCCAUCCCAUGCCACACCCUUCCAUCCCAUGCCACACCCUUCCAUCCCAUGCCACACCCUUCCAUCCCAUGCCACACCCUUCCAUCCCAUGCCACACCCUUCCAUCCCAUGCCACACCCUUCCAUCCCAUGCCACACCCUUCCAUCCCAUGCCACACCCUUCCAUCCCAUGCCACACCCUUCCAUCCCAUGCCACACCCUUCCAUCCCAUGCCACACCCUUCCAUCCCAUGCCACACCCUUCCAUCCCAUGCCACACCCUUCCAUCCCAUGCCACACCCUUCCAUCCCAUGCCACACCCGUCCAUCCCAUGCCACACCCUUCCAUCCCAUGCCACACCCUUCCAUCCCAUGCCACACCCUUCCAUCCCAUGCCACACCCUUCCAUCCCAUGCCACACCCUUCCAUCCCAUGCCACACCCUUCCAUCCCAUGCCACACCCUUCCAUCCCAUGCCACACCCUUCCAUCCCAUGCCACACCCUUCCAUCCCAUGCCACACCCUUCCAUCCCAUGCCACACCCUUCCAUCCCAUGCCACACCCUUCCAUCCCAUGCCACACCCUUCCAUCCCAUGCCACACCCGUCCAUCCCAUGCCACACCCUUCCAUCCCAUGCCACACCCUUCCAUCCCUUGCCACACCCUUCCAUCCCAUGCCACACCCUUCCAUCCCAUGCCACACCCUUCCAUCCCAUGCUCCCUUCAGGGCUGCGGUCACUCUUCACAGUGAUCGCCACCAGCAUGGCGGACCUGCACUACCUGCAGCCAGCCAUCGCAGUCGUGCUCGGCUUUAUUGGUUCUAAGAUCCUAGCCGAGUUCUGUGACCCAUCUGCACUGCCUACCUACACCCGGCCGGCCGUAGCAGUGGUGGUUGAGGUCAUCGGCUGCAAGAUCCUCGCAGCGUUCUGCGCCUGCGCGUACCAACAGAGGCCUGCACGUACCAACGGAGGCCUGCAUGUUCCAACAGAGGUCUCGCUAGGUGUGGUGGCGUCGCUGCUGGCAGGAGGAGUGUUCUUCAGCCUUAGAUUCCCUCGCACAGAGGGAGAUGAUAAAGAGGGGUUGUAG